GCAAGCCACUUCCGCCAGCUGUCCAACUGGCCGGGAAUCUCUGCCCCCGGCCGGUCCGCGCCUGCCGGCCCCUCCAGCGCCGCUCUUCCUGCGUGACCCAGGGGCUGCCCUGAUGGACUGGCCUCUUUCGGAUCCGACUUUCUGUGUCUGUCCCUUCUUUUCUCUCGGUCUACACGCUUGUGCUCUUUGAUUAUGCUUCUCAAUUCUUCCCUCUUUGCCCACACUCCCGUCGGCUGAGGCUUGGGCAGAGUUCGGAGCGACCCAGUUUGGGAUGGAGCUGCAGGUUAAGGUCCCCCGAUUCCCGCGAAGUCUCCUCUAGGAGCCGCUCAGAAGAGCCUCCUCUCCCGCUGCAAGACUUGAGGACUCGGGCCAGGUCAGACCGUGGAGGCCGGGGCCCUGGCCACCCGAGGAGGCACCUGACGGGAGUCCUCCUGGGCUCGCCAGGGCCUAACACAGGGCUGGUUUCUCAGGAGGGGCAACACUGGACCAACUCUUCGUUAGUUCACUCAUUCAUUCCGUCAUUCAGCAAGCAUCCGACUUUGGGUACCACUCACUGUCUUAGGUCCAGAUCUGCUUCUGUCAGUUGCGAUUCUGAGGGUGGCCCAGAAAAAUAUCUGAAGAUAGCCGCUCAGGAAAACACCAUGAAAGAUACUGACAUCAAGAGACUACUGUAUGUCCAUCUAUUAUGCAUAUUUUCAAUUAUCCUAAGCAUCUUCAUUCCAUCAUUCUUCUUGGAGAACUUCUCAGUACUGGAAACACACUUGACAUGGUUGUGCAUCUGUUCUGUUUCUGUAACUGCUGUCAAUUUAGUAUCGUAUUUAGUAGUGAAACCAAAUGCAUCUUCUAAAAGAAGUUCAUUAUCAUACAAGGUAACCAGAUUUUUGAAAUGCUGUAUCUACUUUCUUAUGUCUUGUUUCUCCUUUCAUGUAAUUUUUGUUCUAUAUGGAGCACCACUAACAGAGUUGGCAUUGGAAACAUUUUUACUCGCAGUUACUUUGUCCACUUUUACUACUGUACCUUGUUUAUGUUUGUUAGGACCAAACUUCAAAGCAUGGCUAAGAGUUUUCAGUAGAAAUGGGGUUACAUCCAUUUGGGAGAAUAGUCUCCAGAUCACUACAGUUUCUAGUUUUGUAGGAACAUGGCUUGGAGCCUUUCCUAUUCCACUUGAUUGGGGAAGACCAUGGCAGAAUAAGUACUCCGUGUGGCUCAUGGUGCUGACAGAAUCUGCCAGAGAAACAAUAAACCAAAUGAAAGAUCAUGGCGUCACCUCAGAAUGGAGAUUUUUCUAGAGUAAAAUUUCACGAGAAGAUAACUACUAUAUAUACUUCAUUAUCUAAACUGUAAUAUUAUAGUAUUAGGAAGAGAGGUUAGUUCUCUAUUCCUUAUAGCCCAAUAAAGAUUUGAUAUGUUUGUGGUAAAGCAAGCUUUUCUGGAUUGGGAUCUGGUUUUAUGUUUCAGUCAGAGAAACAAGGGUAUCUGGUUAAGCAAUUAUACUUUCUUUAAAAACACAUACACACCAUCCACCUCACAAAAACUUUUGCAUGUUUAGUUCCAUUUUUUCUACUUUGAAUUCAAACCUGACUAAAAUUUCCAGA